AUGGAUAAUGGGGAUAAAACCCUUCUAGCUACGAAAAAAAAGGUGUUUUCUUCUCUUGACAAUAAACCCGUUCUGUUAACAAGAGCUCCUGUUCCACUAUCAGAAGAAUUUGAGCCAGAGGAUUCGCCUUGUUCUCCUACAUUUGUAUUUCCAAGAACCAUAAGUAACUUCAAUCAAAAAACGACCGUUGUUAUCUCUGCUCAAGUCCCUGAAGUACAAGACGAUGUUUCCGCUGCUCGGAUGGUUGCAGUAGUACUCGACUACCUUCGUGACGUGGCGCAUUAUUGUAACUGUGCAGUAAGCUGGAGCUUUGCGCAACUACGACAAACGUUGCAGUCGAUUCCCUUUGCUGUGGGUCAAAUGCAAACUAUAGUAAAGAUCAGACUGGGUCUAUCGUGGCCACUUGUGACCGCCUUUGUUCAGAACGUGACGGACUUUAUCAGCGAUGAAGACAUUCGUGACGCGUCUGUUGGUGAGCUCGUAGUUUUUCUCCAGACGUGGCAGGUUGCUGCCUGUGAACAAGCUGUUGUGGCUGGAUCGAGUAAUAUUUGCGCCAACUUGGUGCAGUUUUUCCGCGACGUGUUGGAGCAGUUUAAGCAGUUUUUGACCAAGAGAUGGCUGCAGAGUGGACGUAUUAGCUUUCCUUGUGAGUUUGGGAAGAAAUCUGACUCGCUAUUUCUCUGCAUGGAGUGUCAUCGCGAGCACAUGUAA